AUGGCAUUUAGCACUGACAAGUUUAGCGUAUUGCCUCAUUCUUUGCUCUCCACCAUUGUUUCUUUGAUACCGUUUAAAGAAGCGGUAAGAACUUCUAUCCUCUCUAAAAGUUGGGUAGACAUUUUUAAGUCUACAUCAAACAUAGAAUUUGAUGAAUUGUCUUUCGUCAAAGGAGGUCAAACUUAUCGUAUCAGGCAAGUCCAACGAAAGACUUUUCUUGAGUUCAUGGAACUUUGGAUUGCUAACCAUACAGGAAGUAUCGUGAAUAAGUUCUCUUUGAGAUUUUCAAUGCCUGAAAAAGCUAAAAAGGUCGUGAGAAAAUGCAUUGCUUUCGCCAUAAAACACAAGGUAAAGGAGUUGGAGUUGGAAUUUUGUGAUCCAAAUUUGGAUUGUUAUAUUACUACUAAUUAUAUUAAUCAUGAUGCCCCGUUUGAAUUGCCAACAAAUGUUUAUGGUCAUACAUGCCUCGAAUCUUUGAAGUUGUUUUCAUGCAGCUUUGUUGAGACUGAGUUUCUUAACUUUCAUGUGCUCAAAGAAAUUUCUUUGGGUUGGAUGGAAGUGAAACUCACUACUAUUAAGACCUUGUUGUCAAAUUGUGAGGCGCUUGAGAGUUUAAUUCUAAAGAGGUGCUGGAAUUCAGAUGACUUUGAUUUACGAGAGGAGAGCCUAAGGUUGAGAAAGUUGAUUUUGGACAGAUGCAUGUUUGGAUCUAAUAGUCGUUAUUUUAUAGUCAACGCUCCAAACUUAAGAUAUUUCUAUUAUUCCGGGUUGAAUGAUAACUUUUUGGUCAUGGAUAUACAUUCUCCUAUGAUGGAAGAGGAAGUUCUUGACUUCUGCAUUGAGUUUGAAGGACAUGCUUUAUUUCUCUACAAACUCGUGGAAGAUAUCUCUAGCGGUAGUACUUUAACUGUUUGCAAUUACUUCCUUCAGGAUUGUGAAUUACCUGACAACUUUAACCUCAAGAGAUUCUGGACUGAUCACGCAAGGGCUUAUAAUUGCAUGCUAUAUACUCUUAGAGAGGUGGAGAUUAAGGACUUCAAAGGGUCAAUGAAUGAGAUUCGUGUGAUUACCUAUUUCAUCACCAUUGGAAGAGUCUUAAGAAAGAUGACUAUUUACAUAUCGAAGGAUGAUGUUACCAAUCAAGAAUGGAGCAUGGAUUCUUACUGGCGUGACAUGAUAGAAAAGCUAAGAUCUCAAAGGGCUUCAAGAGAUUUAGAGAUUUCAAUUUAUUAG